AUGGCUCUCCUAACAUUUCUCUUUUUCCUCUGCGUUUCACUUUUUCUUCAUAAACCAACAACUGCUGAAACUUGCUCAACUUCAUGCCGUGGUGGCGGACCCGAAGUCAAGUUUCCUUUCGGGCUGAACGCCGAUGGCAACCGAAAUGAUCAUUGCAGCUACCCAGGUUUUGGUCUUUCCUGCAGCAACAGAACGGGAGAACUAGUCCUUAAUCUCCCUGAAUCCGGAGAAUUCUUAGUCAGACACAUCGAUUACGAGACCCAACAUAUAUGGAUCAACUACCCUGAUAUCUGCCUCCCUAAACGAUUCUUGCAGUCUUUCAAUUUAUCGGGGACUCCUUUUGACUCGAAAUUCUCGUAUAUCGUCACGUUCUUCAAUUGCUCUGCUAGCGAAGUAGCUAGGAUUGGGUUAAGGCCAAUUCCAUGCCUUAGCAAUCAGAAUUAUUCUGUCGUGGCUUCCCAGACAGACUUUUCUUUGGACUCUACUUCCAAUAAUUUACGGUCUAGAUGUCAUCCUAUAAGGACCGUUACAAUUCCAUUUGUUUGGUAUGACUGGUGGAGCGGGGUCCGGUUAGAAUGGUACAAUCCCGAUUGUAGGUCAUGUGUAGAACGUCGAGGGGAUUGUCGAUUCAAGAAUAGUACUAGUCAGGCGAUUGGGUGCUUCAAUCUGCCAAGCCAAGCAGGUCGUCUUCCUAAGAGUGCCAGAUAUGGAAUUAUCAUAGGCAUUGGAAUUCCGGGAAUCCUGUGCCUAAUUGGGCUUGCUUUGUUCGUUGGUAGCCGAGUGAGAACUUAUGGACGUCGGCGCAACCUCCCCAGCAUUGAAUUUUCCACAUCAGUCUCCCUUUCACCGGCUGUUAUCAUAAGAGGACUUGAUGGACCAACUAUUGAAUCCUACCCAAAGACUAAGCUUGGUGACAGCGGGCGUCUUCCCAAGGCUAACGACAACACUUGCCCCAUAUGCUUAUCAGAGUAUCAGCCUAGGGAGACAUUAAGGACUAUACCAAAGUGUAGCCAUUACUUCCAUGCCAAUUGCAUAGAUGAGUGGCUAAAGGUGAAUGCUUCGUGCCCUUUGUGUCGUAAUUCACCUGGCGGAUCUGCUGCAAUUACUCCAACUAUAUCUUCCUCUUCAUCAUCAUCAUCAUCUUCUCUCUUAUCACCAUAGAUUUAUGCCAUUUAUCAGCUCCUGUGUGUAUAUUGUAUCCCUGAGGAUGUGAGUUUCGAGAAGUUCUUGCUCUGUGACUAAUGAAUUUUCGUUAUGAGUUGGAAAACAAACAUGUUGCCCUUCCAAUUUCUGUUUGUGAAUU